GGUACGUCGGAGACGACAAAGAGGAGGAGGAGGAGAAGGAAGAAGAGUUAGGAGCCCACGGAAGCCAACACUUUACUUUGGAGCACCCCGGCGCGCGGGGGGUCACGGUGGACUGAAUGGACACACACUGACGGAAGCCACGCACGCUAAUUGGGAAAAGCUGCUGACGCAAUUAAGCGCGCUUUUUGUCAUUUUGUUGGAGCGCGCUCGGCUGCUUUUCUUUUUCGGUGGCCGGCCAACUGUGGAGCUGAAGUUGGCCAUGCUGAAAGUUUGCUUUUAAACGUCACGUCGUCUGUCGAGUGCGGUUCGUUGCGACGUUUGGUUGCUGGAGUCGCUCAUUUAGCUCCUUGCUCACCUCGGCACAAUGAGUUGGAGUUUCCUGACUCGUCUGCUGGACGAGAUUUCCAACCACUCCACCUUCGUGGGGAAGAUCUGGCUGACGGUGCUCAUCAUCUUCCGCAUCGUCCUGACGGCGGUCGGCGGGGAGACCAUCUACUACGAUGAGCAGAGCAAAUUUGUCUGCAACACGCAGCAGCCGGGUUGUGAGAACGUGUGCUACGACGCCUUUGCGCCGCUCUCGCACGUGCGAUUCUGGAUCUUUCAGGUCAUUAUGAUCACCACCCCCACCAUUAUGUACCUGGGAUUCGCCAUGCAUAAGAUCGCCCGCAUGGAGGACACGGACUACCGUCCGCGACGAAAGAAGAGGAUGCCCAUUGUGAACCGGGGUGCCGUUCGCGACUACGAGGAGGCCGAGGACAACGGGGAAGAAGACCCCAUGGUCGCCGAGGAGAUCGAACCGGAGAAGCCAGACAAGGCGGACAAAAGCUCACAAGAGAAGAAGCACGAUGGCCGACGAAGGAUCCUGCGAGACGGUCUGAUGAAAGUUUACAUCUGCCAGCUCCUGUGGCGCUCGGCCUUCGAAGUGGGCUUCCUUUGCGGCCAGUUCAUUCUGUACGGCUUCGAGGUUAUGCCCUUCUACACGUGCACUCGCUCGCCGUGCCCGCACACGGUGGACUGCUUCGUGUCUCGGCCCACCGAAAAGACCAUCUUCCUGCUGAUCAUGUACGUGGUGUCUUUCCUCUGCCUGAUCCUCACCAUGUUCGAAAUCCUCCACCUGGGCAUCGGCGGUAUCCGUGACGGCUUCCGCAAGCGGGCCACCCUGCGAUCACGCGCGCCCUCCUCCCUGCACGCCAUAGCCUCGGCGCCACCGGGGUAUCACGCCGCUGUGAAGAAAGGAGCCAAAGAAGAGCUCAGGAUCUCGCCGACUGGCCUGGACGCUUUUGGCAACUCGGCCCGCGACGUGGAGCGCUUGCGCAGGCACUUGAAGCUGGCACAGCAGCACUUGGACCUGGCCUACCACACAGAAGAGGGAAGUCCUUCACGCAGCAGCAGCCCCGAAGUCCACGGCGUGGCGCAAACGCCGGCCGAGCAGAACCGGCUCAAUUUCGCUCAAGAGAAGCAGGCGGAUGUGAGCCAAAAAGGAAUACAUGCCUGAACCUGCUUUCUGGCUGUUUUCUGUCUUGUCAUUCCUACCAGCCUUAUCUGGAAAAGCAGUUGGACCACUGAGAGAGGAUGUGUAUGUUUAUGUGUGUCUUUGUGUGAAAAGAAAAAAAAAGAAUGCAGUAUUAUGAACAUCAAUUCAUUUUGAAGCAAAUGUCCAGGGCAGCCACGCCACUUAAUUGGCCCUAAAGUUCCUCCUGUCCAUUUCUAUUGCCCCGUUUUUUUUUUUUUUUUGUCCUUCUCACAAAAGAUUUUUUUUGUGUGUGUGUAAUGUUCAUUGAUGUAGAUGAUUUCAAACCAGGGCUCAGUGGUGUUGUUUAUCUAAAGCUUAUAUAUUUCAUUUGUUGGACCAAAAUGCUGGACUGGGAAAUGCUUGAAUUCUUUAUGCGCCAAGAACAUUCUUGAACAUUCCAUUGCCAAAAACUGGCUCACUACAUUUCAUUCAGAUCUUUGUAGACCUUAAAACUCACAAGCACAGGGCUCAGACAAGAUAGGUCAUUGAGUUUGUUUUAUUCUUCAGGAAAUGAUUCACCUUUGUCACUGCGGAGGGUUUGGCAAAUUCUGACUUAUUUUUUCUUUUUCUUUUGGGCUUAAGCUCAUUGAGCUGUGUGGUAAGCAGGGAUGCCAGCUCCAUCCUGCUGAAAUGCAUUCCUCUUAGGUGAGACAUAUUUUUCCAUCGCUGACACGCGUGGCCCAUGUUCAUACUUCUGGAAUCUUAGCGGGUGGCCCAACCUCACAUUGGUGUCAGCAACUGACGCCUACGUUGAAGGUCAACACUGCCAUCGUGGGUUUUUUUUUUGGGUCUGACUUGAAAAGAUGACGUCCAGAAAAUGUUACACCGGUGCGUUGUUUCUCAUUUCAAGUGUUUUGUCUUUAAGAUUUACACUAUAUUCCAAAUGACACUAUUUUCUAGUUGUUGAUAUUGUUUUUCUAGAGAGUAAAUAUAUUUGAACAAA